CUUGACCUCAUGGCUAUUUGUUCUGUGUGUGUUUAGACCACAGACGUUGGUGCUGAACUUUAAGUUACACCCGAGGGUUACUCAGGGUGUCUGAGUAGGAAGUUCAGGGAAGUCCUGGGAGGUACAACCUUUGACCUGAUGGCAUAUCUACUUCGGAGAACACCUCUGAUGUUGUUGCCCCCCAGUCUUUAAUGACGAGGGUGUAACGUUGCACCCUGGGGCCCCCUAGAGCUCAGCUUAGUGAGUGACUGAAGUGAACGGGAGGUUAGACGUAAACAACCAUGUGUCUGCUUCGCUGCUGCAACUGCCCUGUGGAAUAUAUUACAGAAAUUACAAGAACUUUACUGAAACUUGGAUUCCCUAUGAGUGGAGAUGGAUCUUCAUGUGCCAGUAGGUGUGAUUGACAAUCCAGACGACAUGGACAGCCUGAAAAGGAACGUAUUGGAGCAUAAUGGACGACAGACUCACCAACACCAGGUCUUACAGAGCACUCCAUUGGACCUGAUCGAGAUGGGCAAGUCACUGAGGUUCCAAGCAGAGCACCCCCACCUGGUCAGUCUGGGUAGUGGCCGUCUCAGCACAGCCAUCACUUUGUUACCCCUGCAAGAAGGGAGGACGACCCUGGGCAGUGGGAACACAGACAUCCCUCUGCAGGGUCCAGGCAUCACUGAUCAACACUGCUAUAUUGACAAUAGGGCCGGCAGUAUCACCCUCAACCCCUGUGGGAACCAUUGCUCCAUGGAUGGUCUCCCCGUCUCCAAGCCUGUGCGCCUUUCACAAGGGUGCAUGCUGUGUUUUGGUCAGUCAGCCUUUUUCCGCUUCAACCACCCAGAAGAGGCCCUCAGAAUGAAGAGCAUGCUGCCUGGAGGAAGCCAGGGGCCCAGUGCCUACAAGAGCCAUCACACAGACUCCCACACGGUGCUGAAUGGGAACCACCAGCCUGCCCCCUGUGAGAGGACCCGUUCCGGCUCUGGCCCACACCCAGGCCCCCUGACCAGCACCAUAGAGAGGGACCUCCAGGACAUCAUGGACUCUCUGGUGAUGGAUGACCCCCAGUCCUCCGGGAAGCUGGCCCACAACCCCAUUCCUCAGUCCCCCCUCUCUCCCAUGCUGAAUGGGGGAGGACGUUACCUGCUCUACCCUCCCACCAGCCCUGGGGCCAUGUCCAUGGGCUCCAGCUAUGAGAACGCCUCCCCGCUCGGCCCCUUCUCCCCGCUCUCCUCUCCUCUGUCGGCUGCCAGUAGUGAUGCUUUCCCGGGGCCUGGUACUCCUGCAGUGCCUGCCCGCUCCUCCAGCUACACCCUCACCACCCAGACCCCUGUCACCCAGCCACGGACCACCCCUCCUGGGGGCUACAGUGGACCUGCUGAUGUGCAGAGGGUCCCGGAGAGCCCCAGGCCUCUGAGGAGGACACUAGCGGAGGCCUUGCCAAGCCCCACUGCUUCCCGUAGAGGCGUGGGUCAGGACAGCCCAAUAGGCAGUUCAGAGACUCCCAGAGCAGUACAUGGACCAUCCCAUAUCCCAGUCUCCAGCGCCAGACUAAACUCUAAGUUCUCUGGAUGUCAGACAUCCACGGCCCCCUCCAGCCCUAGGGUGAGGGUGGGCGGCUUAGGCUCUCGUCCUCCCAGCCCCCAGCACCUCUUCCAGGUCCAGUCCCACACAGACAGCCCUCAGCAGACACAUAGGACCCCAGAGCCCUCUGGACCCUCCAGCCUGAGGGAGCUACCCCCUCCCAGCCCCUCCAUGUCUCGUAGAGGGGCUUCUCCAGCACAGGGCUCCCUCCAGGAUAGGGGGCUGCGAGCCAGGAGUCCCUCUCCCACCUCCGGGGGAGGCAGGCAGCAGAAGGGCAGCUCGGGUAUCGCCAUCACCCCAGCCCUGGGCUCUCUGUCUGGGUCUGGGACAGGAGCUGGGCCCUCUCCUCUCACGAGCCCCCAUGGAAAGAGGAAGAAGUCUGGUAGUGCUGGGGCCACCAGGGACCCAACUGGAGCAUCUAGGGACCCCAAGGGGCCUGUACGGCCCCGGACCCGGGAACGCAAGAACAGCAUCUCAGAGAUCAGCGACAACGAGGAUGAGCUGCUGGAGUACCACCGCUGGCAGAGAGAGGAGAGACUCCGCGAGCAGGAGAUGGAGAAGCUGGAGCGACAGAGGUUGGAGACCAUCCUUAGCCUGUGUGCGGAGUACACCAACUCUCCCCAGUGUCUGGGUGGUGAGACGGGGAGUACAACAGGGCACUUCCCUGGACCAGGGGAGGGGGGCGCUAGAGAGAGACCCUGUACAGAGACAGGUGGUGGGGCGACUCAGCGAGGAGGAGUGACUCAGAGGCAGAGAGAGAGUGACGAGGAGAACCAGAGAGAGGAGUCCAGCAGCACAGAGAGCACUCACCAGGAGCAGGAAGACUCAGGGUUAGGUGUGGGUGUGUCAGGGUUAGGAUCAGGUGUGUCUGGGCGUCAGGAGCAGCAGUACCUGGAGGAGGAGAGGACCAGGGUUCUGUCCAGGGUGGAUGAGCUGAAACACAGAGUCACAGAGCUGGAGCAGCAGCUACAGGAGUCCAGACAGGAGGCGGAGAUGGAGAGGGCUCUGCUACAGGGGGAGAGGCAGGCUGAGCAGGAGCAGGUCGAGACAGAGACAGAGAUCAUCUCUCAGCUCCAGUCUAAACUCAGCCAGCUGGACAGGGCCACCCAGAGGGAGAAAGACAAGGGGAGGGCUAAUGUGUCUGCUGAGCGGCAGCUGCUGGAGAGACUUCAUGAGGGAUACAGAGAGCUGAAGAGCCAGGUUCAUAACUGUCCUGAAUCUCUGAGGGAACAGUUACAGGAGCAGCUACGGAGGGAGGCAGAGGCGCUUGAGGUGGGGACCAAGCAGUUUGAGGACUUGGAGUUCCGUCAGCUGGAGAGAGAGAGCCGUCUGGAGGAAGAGAAGGAGACGCUCAGCAGACAGCUGCUCCUGGAAAGGGCCGAGUACCACCGCAGCGUGGCCAAGAGAAAGGAGAAGAUGGCUACUCUGGAGGUGCAGGCCAACCAGUUAGGGGUGCAGGCAGCUCAGGACUGUGAGAGGAUGGCUAAAGACAGGACCCUGGCCCUACAGCUGCUUCAUAAAGAGAAGGACAGGCUGUCUACUCUGGAGAAGAGAUACCACACUCUGACAGGAGGACGGAGCUUCCCCAAGCCCUGUAGCACCAUGAAAGAGGAAGUACCAGUGCUGCAUAUCAGCGAACCUGAUCUGCUACAGGUAGAGGGGGAGGUUGUCCCUCCUCCACAUCCUCCCUGCCCUCCUCCUGCCUCCUUCUCUUCUUCCUCCUCAUACGCCCCCUCCCCUGACAUCUGUCCCACCAGGCCACAGGAGGAGUACCUCAGGCUCGCUGAUGUCUAUAAGAUGUAUGGGAGCGGUGGUCCUCUCCCGACCUACUCUACCUCCACUGCUCCUCACUGCCUCUCUCUCACUGUUGCUCCAGCAGCUCUGCCCGGCGAGGAAUACGUCACAGUUAGUCAGUUAAGCCAGAUGUUGGGGAUGCAGAAACUUGGCCCCUCCCCCGCACUUUCUAUCCAGUCAUUCCAGCUUGCGCUCGCUGACCCUGCCUUCUCCUGCCACUCAACUCCAUGUGACACCUCCCCCACUAUCUCUGUUGAGAGCCAGCCUGAGUGGAUUAGACCUCACAACCCGGCCCUUAACUUAGAGCGCUGGUACCAGGACAUAAUGUCAGCAGGGGAGCCCCACCACCAGUCAUGCCCUCCCCCUCUCCCUGCUAAGUCUCACUCCUCACGCAGACCUAGCCAGGUGUACCGGUCAAAACCAGAUGGUGAUGUAGGUCAGACAGCAUCACGCUCUAGUAGUGUCAACGGUACUGCCAGCCCUCCACAGGCCAAUGGGGUUACACUGGGCCGAAGCACACCAACCAAGGGUCUCCAGCUGGUGUCCAGAGAGCUGUCAGCAUCAGGCCCUCCAGACAUGGUGAUGGACACCAGGAGACAGCUGUCACUGCAGAGCAAAGGCCCUCCUCCCAUGGUCCACCACUCCAUCCUGCACCACCAGACAUCCCCCUCUGGGGACCCGCAGUACGACACCCUCAGCCUGGAGAGCUCUGACAGCGUCGAGACCUCCGUCUCCACCGGCAACAACUCUGCCUGUUCUCCAGAAAGUGGCAGUGGGCUUGAGGCCCUGAGGAUCGAGGAGAUGGAAAAGAUGUUGAAGGAGGCUCAGCAGGAGAAAGCCAGGCUGGUGGAGAGCAGAGAGAGGGAGGUGCAGGCACGGAGGCAGAUGUUGGAGGAGGAGCGGAGGAGGCGCGAGGAGGCCGAGAGGAGGCUGCAGGACGAGACGACCCACAGGCAGAGACUGGUGGAGGAGGAGGUGAAGAUGAGAGAGAAGCACUUCUCUCAGGCCCGCCCCAUGACACGCUACCUACCCAUCAGGAAGGAGGAGUUUGACUUGCGUUCGCACGUGGAGUCAUCGGGUCACAACUUAGACACCUGUCCCUACGUCAUACUCUCAGAGAAGAUGUGCAAGGGACACCUGGUCAAGAUGGGCGGCAAGAUCAAGUCAUGGAAGAAACGCUGGUUUGUCUUCGACCGCCUCAAGAGGAACUUCUCCUACUAUGCUGAUAAGCAUGAGUCCAAGCUGAAAGGACUGAUCUACUUUCAGGCUAUAGAGGAAGUGUACUACGAUCACCUGCGCAGUGCCACUAAGAGCCCCAACCCGUCGCUGACCUUCUGUGUGAAGACUCACGAUCGGCUCUACUUUAUGGUGGCCCCAUCUCCAGAGGCCAUGAGGAUCUGGAUGGACGUCAUAGUAACCGGGGCAGAGGGAUACACACAGUUCAUGACCUAAGGGACUGAGCUCUCAGGGUGACAGACCUUACAACAGGGUUGUGUUUGUUAGGGCAUGUAAUGGAAAAAAACAUUUUUAAACCAUUUGCAACAAAAAUGUUAGUUUAUUUUUGGACAAGUCCAA